AUGGCGACGGCCAAGCCCAUCCUGUACGGCGCCUGGAUCAGCUCUUGCUCUCACCGUGUCCGGAUCGCUCUCAAUCUCAAAGGUGUGGACUAUGAGUACAAGGCAGUCAAUCCUCGGACAGAUCCAGACUAUGAAAAAAUAAACCCGAUCAAAUACAUACCAGCAUUGGUAGAUGGGGACUUUGUUCUAUCUGAUUCUCUCGCUAUCAUGUUGUAUCUGGAAGAUAAGUAUCCUCAGCAUCCUCUCGUACCUAAAGAUAUCAAAACGAAAGGUCUUGAUCUUCAGAUUGCGAACAUAGUUUGCUCAAGCAUCCAACCUCUCCAAGGCUACGGCGUAAUUGGUUUGCAUGAGGGUAGGUUGAGCCCCGAUGAGAGCCUUGAGGUGGUUCAACGUUAUAUUGACAAGGGCUUCAAAGCAAUAGAAAAGCUCUUGGAUGGAUGUGACAGCAAAUAUUGCGUCGGAGAUGAAGUCCAUUUGGGAGAUGUGUGUCUAGCCCCACAGAUCCAUGCCGCCAUCAAUCGCUUCCAGAUUGAUUUGAUUAGGGGGCAGCCGUCGUUGAUACCGAGGGUGAGCAGGAAAUGGCUCGGGAAGCCGCUCAUGUACGGGAUCGGCACGCUGCUGGUCAUGCCCCUGAGGACCAUCCACGGGGUGGGCCGGAUGUUCGGCGCCGCGCGGUACCUCUGCAACAUGACCAGCGUCUCCUCGUCGCUGCAAAUCGAGCUCGUGAGUGUUCCCUGUCUUCAAGAUAACUAUGCAUACAUCUUGCAUGAUGUGGAUACUGGAACAGUUGGAGUUGUAGACCCUUCUGAGGCGGUGCCUAUCAUAAACGCAUUGGAAAAGAGAAACCAGAACUUGACCUACAUAUUGAACACCCAUCAUCACUAUGAUCAUACUGGUGGCAACUUGGAACUGAAGGCAAAAUAUGGUGCAAAGGUAAUUGGUUCUGAGAAGGAUAAAGAUCGAAUUCCUGGCAUUGACAUAACUCUAAGCGAGGGUGACACAUGGAUGUUUGCGGGUCAUCAAGUUCUUGUGAUGGAAACUCCUGGUCAUACAUCAGGUCAUGUGAGCUUUUAUUUCCCUGGAUCUGGAGCAAUAUUUACAGGUGAUACCUUGUUUAGUCUAUCAUGUGGAAAGCUUUUUGAGGGGACUCCAGAACAGAUGCACUCUUCACUCCAAAAAAUUGUAGCUCUUCCAGAUGUGACGAAGGUGUACUGUGGACAUGAGUAUACUCUGAGCAAUUCAAGGUUUGCCUUGAGCAUAGAACCAGGAAAUGAAGAACUUCAGGAAUACGCUGCAAGUACAGCUGAUCUGCGCAAUAAGAAUACACCAACGGUGCCAACAACAAUUGCGAGAGAGAAGCAGUGCAAUCCUUUCUUGAGGACCUCAAGUCCAGAGAUAAAGAAAAGGCUGUCCAUUCCAGAUCAUUUCGAUGAUGCACGUGUUCUUGAAGUUAUCCGACGGGCGAAGGAUAAUUUUUGA